UUUUUUCAUAGUGUUGUGGCGACGUGGUUGGUGUCAGCUGUUUUCGGACAGCUGUCUCGGGGGCACAUCCGCGUGAUUUCUUGGUGUUACCUGCGUGCAGGUCGCUCCAUAAAUCCGCCGGGUUCCAGUGCGUAAUUACCCGCCGCAAGCCACAUGAAGACUAGGUGAGAUUAGGAAGAUUUUGGUAAGGCAGUUAGGGGGGAAUUCUCUGUUGGGUUUUGUCUUUUCGCCCAGGCGUGUUGACAGUUGAGUACUUUGCUUUCUGAUUGGGUAUAGGCAAUAUAUUAUGGCUUCUUUGUCAGCGUUUGUGGAUGCGCCCUCAGUAUCUUUCUUGGAUGGUUGCCAGAAGGCGCAGUUGAUCGAAAUAUCAGAGCAUUAUGAAAUUGCUGUUGUAGGGAGCAAGCGGAAAGAUGACAUUAAAGCUGUCAUCGUGUCAUCUUUGUUUGAGCGGGGAGUGUUACAGAAGAGUGAGUCUGGUGUGGCAGGGGUCGGGCCAGUAGUGGUUCAGACAGCUGGUUUGACAUUCGAACAGCAAAAGGAGCUUUUGGCCAUGCAGUUUAAUCAGGAGAGAUUGCAGUUGGAGAUGAGGGGUCAGCAGCAGGAGGUAGAGAAGCGUUUAGAGGUGGAGAAGGUGCUGGAGGUGGAAAAGAUGAAAUGUGAGGUGGAACAUGCUAGAUUACGGCUGAUGGGAGAGGGCAAGUUUUCUCCAGGGGAGGAUGGUGGUGCUAGGUUAGCAUCAGGCAGUGGCGAUAUAAUUUCUUACUUGCGAUUAGUGCCAAAGUUCAAUGAGCGUGACCCGGACAUUUUUUUCACUCUAUUUGAACACAUAGCAGAGGCAAGAAACUGGUCAGAUUCGGACAGAGUGCUGUUACUUCAGUGUGUACUCACUGGGCGAGCACAGGAAGCCUAUUCAGCUAUUUGUGGCGAAAAUACUUUGGACUAUGAUAGAGUAAAAUCAGCGGUGUUGAAAUCUUACGAACUGGUUCCUGAAGCGUAUCGUCAAAGGUUCAGAAGUGGGGUCAAGGGAGAUAAGCAGACACAUGUGGAGUUUAUCCGUGAUUUAACUUCUCAUUUUCAGCGGUGGUGCGCGGCAGCAAAGGUUGCAAGUUUUGACGGUCUUUGUGAGCUCAUUGUCUUGGAACAAUUUAAAAACAUUCUCCCUCAGCGUGUGGCCACAUAUGUGAAUGAACAGAAACCUCCCACCGCGUUUAGAGCUGCUGAAUUAGCGGACGAUUUUGUGUUGACACAUAAGGGCAGUUUUGCGGAGAAAUAUUCUAGGGGUGAUUGGAAACGUGGAGAAGACAAUGGAGAUGCCCGUGCAAAGUUUUCACCAGGCUCCUCCCGUAGAUUUGCAGGUACAGGGCGACCCGAGGGGGCCAAAGUGGACCAAUGUCACUAUUGCAAAGGUGGGGGUCAUUGGAAGGAGCAGUGUCCAUUGCUGGAAACGAAGGGGAAGCCUCGUUUGUCACCACAUGCUCCAGCCAUGUGUUGUUCUGCCGUGUUGGUUAAAAAGCCACAGGGUGUAGGAUCGGGCAUGGUGCCUGAUAAGAAGCUGGUUUGUGCCUACUUGGAUAGCCGUAGGAUGUCUACUGACCUACCUGUUUCGGAGUCUGGAAAAAGUGGCCCAACACGGUCCUUUGACUUUCAGAUCGAGACAAAGGUGAAGGAGAAGAAAGAGAGGAAACGCCGCAAAGCGAAGAAGAGGAGGCCGAAGGAGGUCAGCGCGCCCAAGAGGCCGAUGAGCGCCUACAUGCUGUGGCUCAACGCCAGCCAACCCAAGGAGGAGUGGGACAUAAAGGCAGUGGAAUCGAAGAAGCAGUACGAAAUCGCAAGGCAAGAGCUCGAAGACAGAGGCGGAGGGGGAGCGUCCUCCAGUCCUAAGAUGGAAAGUAAAAAGCUGGAGUUAAGAAGAAGGAUGUGGGGUUGUCGUGGACCCCUUUGGGGCCCCGUCUUAAGGGAGGGGCUGUGA